AUGUGCCUUCUCUUCCCUUCCACUCUCAGUGGCGCGGCCCUGAACUGGUUUUACAGGCUGAACCCCCGCACCAUCAACACAUUUGACAGUCUGAAACAGGCCUUCCUGGACCAUUUCAUGAUCCAGACCGAUCGCCUCUACUCCGCGGACGACCUAUACAUGCUUAGACAGGGUGAGGACAAGCUCCUUCGGGAGUACGCAGCCAGGUUCAGCCACGAAUACUCCCGCUGCCCAGAUACUGAUGAUCGUGCCGCCUUCGGUGCUUUCAAGAGUGGCAUCCGAGAGUCUAACUUCCGGUACCUGGUCCACAGCAACUCUUGGAACACAUAUGCCGAGCUGAUGAAGCAGGCAGCAGUUCAUGCCAAGGCUGAGUACUUCAACUCCAAGCGCAGCCCAGCCAUCCCGGCACAUAAUCCUUUUGCUGAUCCUCCACCUGCUUCAGUACCCAUCCCAUCUCCACCUCAACAUUUUGCCCCUACACCAAGCACCCAAGGUGCCCAGCACCCCAAAAGGAAGGAUAGCUACCAGCAUACCUUCAGCAAUAACAAGCGGGGCAGACAUGGGAACCACCACCAGUCUAGUGGAAGCAACCCCCCCAGGACAAAUGACCGGGCCCCACUCUCAUUCUCACCCAAGCCCAGGUUCGAGGUCUUCACCACCCUCAACACUACCUAUGAGAAUGUCCUAGUGCACGAGGCACCUAUCAUACCUCAGCCUCCACCCCGAAAACCAAGCAGCAAGCCUAUGCCUAACACAUGA